AUGGGCGCCAGAGCAACCGGGGUCUUGUUCCACGCGGGGCGUCGGCGCGGCCUGGAGAAGGCACGGUGGCCGGCGGACCGCGGCCGUCAGCGCAGCCUGGAGAAAGCUCGGUACAAUCAGAAGAAGAGUGGUGGAAACACACAAGGGACAAGAUUAGAUAAUCACUUGAGCUAUUUCAGGCCUCGUAAGGAAGCUUCAAGUUCUGCCAUUUCCUUUUCUCACCCAGAGGGUGACACAGAAAAGGAGUUGGCUUACUUUCGGGAGUUUUUCGGCUAUUUUUUUUUAGAUGAAAGGUUUCCCCUGCUUUAUUUGCAUAAAGCACUCAACAGCAUUCAGCACAGCGUACCAGGCGCGCCCGCCAGAGUUUACAGUUCAAAGCACAGCAAACAAGCCUAA